CUUUUCAGAAGCAAUUUACAUAACAAUGGCUAACUGUGAACUUUAAAACCAUGUUACUUAAAAAAAAAAAUACUGUUCAAAUGCGACAGCCUAUGACAAUCCGUAAUCACUAAUAAUCAUUACCAUCAGUAAUUAGUGGAAUUAAAGGCUAAAGUCUGAGCCACGUUUUUUUCCAAAGGCCCCACACACAGUAGCCAACUAAAGACCGAAGGGUGUUGCAUGCAUAUAAUUCGGAAUUUAAUAGGCCCUCUAUGGCUUCAUGAAUGAAGUGUCUCUGAUGUCACUUUGUUUACCUCUGCGUCGGAGUGACACGCCUUCCAUUCCAGGCAUAUAAACCUCAGGAAUUCAGAGACACUCCAGCAGACUUCGAAAUUGAUCCAAAAGUACUUUUCAGGAUGACAGUGAUUAUUCUACUCCUGCUGGUACUUGCGUUGACUUUUUCUGAAGCGGAGGACAAUGAGCUGUUCUCCGUGAUCAGCACCCCCCCUGAGAAGGGCCAGAGUGUUUUACCUGGCCAGAAUCAGAGCACGAGGCUAGGGGUCAAAGACCCCUCUCUCCCCAUCAACGAGCUCCUGGAAAAGGGCAGCAAAGUCGGGGACUCCAAGUACGCCCUCCACCCCCUUCCCUCGGGGGUCUGGCCCAAGCACAGUGACCCUCGCCCCGGCCUCCACAACAAGAGCAAGAAGGGCCCUAAAAAUGACCGCCUGAUUGAGCACAACAGCGAGAAGAACCGCGGCGAGGCGAGUCUAGUGCUUCCCAAAAUGCCACUGACCGCUGCCACCAACCGCACACAGAAAGUAAACGUGGACCCUCACCGGGACCCCCACACCAACUUCAACAACCCUACACAGAGUGACCCGGACAGUCACCCCAACUCCAGACCCAGGGGCCAACCUCACUCGGCCCCCUCCCCUCGCAGGGACCCCUCAACCAGAAAGCUGGACCCGGAGGAGAACCGCCCUGGGGGGAAGUCCAGUCUGUACCAGUCCGGCGGCGCCACCCGGAAUAACAGCCGCUCAUCUGUGCUCCUCAACCGUCGCUCCUCCAGCCUGCUCUACCAUUUCGACAUUCUGAAACGAGAGUCUGACUUCCCUCACGAGGCCGUCUGCAUGAGUGAGUGCAGGAAGGAGAAGGAGGAGAGAGAGCACUACUGCUACAGUGAAUUUGCCGUCAAUGGGGUCGUUCACGACAUAGACGUGGUGCGUAAGGGGAUUAGACUCCUCACACUGAUGGUGAGCAGCGAUGGCUUCUACAAGAUGAGCCGCCUCUACGUCACUCCAGACAGCUUCUUUCUCAAAGUGCGUCUCCUUGUCCUGGACACCUACAAAUGUAGCAAGCCUUGUCCUGACAUCAAACUAGGUAGCCGGUACAUUAUAAUGGGUCAGAUCUACCACCGGAGGCGCCACCUCCCCAACGACCUCCUGGCCCUGCUGGGGGGAAAACUGAAGCCAGGGGACGGCCUCCUGCGUAGCAACAACUACGUCAAGCGCUUCAACAAGAGGAGACACCAGAAAGCCCUGGAGGCCACCCGCUCCAAGUGUAGGUAAAACCAAAACAGACUAUCGCCCCCCCUGCAGUGGCGGAAAAGACAUUGCAGUCGUCAACAUGAAGUGACUGAGACCUAUAACCCCUACAGCAUUUCAGCAGAGACGUAGAUGGACGAGGCCAAUAUGUUGUUUUUUUCCGGCAUGGACCUCCUGCACUUGUUUGUGUCAUAAUCCAGGUUGAGUGGUAAUGUUUUUGCUUGUCUGUCUUUACCUUGAGGCUUUGCGUCCUCCUUGAUAGAAGACACAAGUGGAGUCUAUAUCAAAGGUUCUCGUCUUUCAACCUCUGCUUGAAGUAUUGCCCCAUCAGAUUUCCUAAAUGGAUUUUUAUUUUAUUUUGUUUUUAAACCUUUAUUUAACUAGGCAAGUCAGUUAGAACAAAUUAUUAUUUACAAUGACUGCCUACCCGGACCAAACACGGACGACACUUAUUAUUGUGAAUGAGCAUAGAGUUGGCUAGAGGGCACACUUAACAAAGAUAAAAUAUGAGCUCUCUAGUAUUUCUCUACUCUAGUCAUUUAUUAAGAUGUCAUAGUACUGAAAAUUAUAAUUUAUUCAUGCCUGGUACUUGAAUUGGUCAGAUCAGUGCCUCUCAAAUUGGUUUAUUUUACGAUUGAACAAUUCUGCCAGUGAACCCAGAGUUCUGGUUCAAUGGAGUAAUUCAGGUAGAGGACAUUUUCAUUGGCUAAUCCGAUGUAAAACAAAGUUUCAUCAGAAUGUUUUGGUUGUCCCGUAUCAACACUUGAAGAUGGUGUCUGAGCAUGUGAAUGAAGCCCAUAUUUACCCCGAGGGAGGAAGACUUCCAACUCCAGCCCCACUAUUCACACGAACACACCCGCACAUCUUCAAUUUGGCUUGUUCCAAGGUAUCCUAAUCAUCCAUGUUCCAAGUUAUCCUAAUCAUCCAUGUUCCAAGUUAUCCUAAUCAUCCAUGUUCCAAGUUAUCCUAAUCAUCCAUGUUCCAAGUUAUCCUAAUCAUCCAUGUUCCAAGUUAUCCUAAUCAUCCAUGUUCCAAGUUAUCCUAAUCAUCCAUGUUCCAAGUUAUCCUAAUCAUCCAUGGGAAAGACGAUCUGUUCAGAUCUAGAUCUAAUCACACUGGUGAUUCUCCAAUGGCAAGUGUCUAAUCACAUUUCCCCUUUAGCACUUGGUAGGAAACUUUAAAGGACUUCCUAUUGACUGAAUAUACAAUAACAGCAAACUCCUAUUUAUGCCUGUAAGAAAAGCUGUCAAAUUUUCAUACUGUUUUUUUGUGCCUGUCAUUUGAUUGCAGGAAAUGCACUUUUACUGUAUGUGAAAAAUAAGGGGGGGGGGGGGGGGGGGG